CAUUUUGAACCGCGCCCGCCCUCGCCCAAAGUUUCACUCCCUCCCUCUCUCCUUCUCUCUCUCUCUCUCUCUCCCUUUGCCGAUUCCUCAGAUCCCCCCCCACCUCCUUCCCUCCCUACUUCCGCUUCUCGAUAAACCUCGCGCGCGCGAAUCAGAGCAGGUCGCCCCUCCCCCGAUCGCUCCUUCCCCUCUCCCGCCCGUCAGAUCAGAUCGGAUCCGGCCUCCUCCUCCUCCUCGUUCUCGUUGUCCUCCUCCACGCCCCGCGCCUAAACCCCUCGCUAGGGUUUUUGCGCCCUCGCUUCGUUUCGUCCCUCACCUCUCCCCCAUGGCCUCCGGAGCCCUAGCGGAGACCGCGGAGCCCGGCGGGGCCGCCCCCGUCGACGGCAAGGAGGAGCCCGCCGAGAAGCCGGAGGACGAGCCGGAGGAGGCGGAGCGAGAGAAGGAGCCGGAGAUCGCUUCGGAGGCCGAGGCUUCCGACGAGAAAGCGGACGACGAAGAAGACGGCGACGGCGACGGCGACGGCGACGACGACGGCCCGGAGGAGAAAGGGAGCGAGGAGAAUGCCAAGGGGAGCUCCGCGGAGGAAGAGGCGAGCGGGCGGAAGAGAUCGAGGAGAUCGCGCGGCGGGCUGGCGGGGAAGAGGAAUCCGGCGACGCCCGGGGUCGAGCGGCCCACGAGGGAGAGGAGAUCGGUGGAGCGGUACUCCGCUCCCGCCCUCGCCAGGACGCCCUCCAGCAAGGGGUUCUCCAUCGAGAAGGGUCGCGGAACUCAGCUCAAGGACAUUCCGAAUGUUGCAUUCAAGUUAUCGAAGAGAAAACCUGAUGACAACCUGCAAAUACUUCACGCAAUACUUUUCGGAAAAAAAGCUAAGGUGCACAGCUUGAAGAGAAACAUAGGCCAGUUUUCUGGCUAUGUGUGGACUGAAAAUCAGCAGGAAAAACAGAGAAGUAAAGUGAAGGAAAAACUCGACAAAUGUGUCAAAGAUAAGUUGAUUGACUUCUGUGAUGUGCUCAACAUUCCAAUAAAUAAGGCUGCUGUGAAGAAGGAGGAGCUUUCUGCAAAGUUGUUGGAAUUUCUGGAAUCACCGCAUUCUACUACUGAUGUUUUGCUUGCUGAUAAGGAACAGGGCCAAAAGCGUAAGAGGAAGAUCACACCAAGCAAACCUUUAGUCCCCGGAGAAGCAUCUAGUACAAUGACAGAAAAGAGACAAAAACAAGCACCUGACUCUGUGAAGAAGUCAUCUGAGAUUGCUUCAGAAGAGGAUGAUGAUGAUGAUAAAGGUGACAGUAAGGAAGUCAAGGACAACUCUGAUGCAAACAGUGAUGAUGAUAUGGUGUCAAAAGAGGAGAGUGGUGAUGAGAAGAGCAAGUCAGAGGAAGAGGAUAUGCAGGAGGAGCCAGCGUUGAAAAGUUCUUCCAGGAAAAAAACAAAGGAGAGCUCAGUGUCCAAAACCAAAGAUACCUCAGUCUCUGCCAAAAAGGUCACUCCUGCAAAAUCUGCCAAGAAAUCAUCCACCUCAGCCUCAAAGAAGAGUUCCGUAGAUGGGGUUGGUAAUAAAAAACCACUUUCUAAGUCAGAAGGAUCCAAGUCGAAGAAACAAAAGGUUGAAAAGAGCAAUCAAAAUGACCAAAGUGUUUCCUCAAAAGCGAAAACCUCUAGCAAGAAACAGUCCGCCAAACCCUCAACAGAGGCUUCAGUCAAGGAUCGAGUAGGGAAAGGCAAAAGUAGCAAAAAGGCGAAAGCUGAACCCAGCAGAGAAGAGAUGCAUGCUGUUGUCGUGGAUAUUCUCAAGAAAGUUGACUUCAAUACUGCAACCUUAUCCGACAUUCUCCGGCAACUUGGUACCCAUUUUGGUGUGGAUCUGAUGCACAGAAAGGCAGAAAUUAAGGAUAUCAUUACUGAGGUCAUAAAUAAUAUGACCGAUGACGAGGAUGAAGGCGAUGACGAGGAAGCGGAGGAUAAGGCUGAUGCCGAUGACAAUGAAUGAGAAGUGAAUAGGAUCCGAUUCUCGAGUUUGAUUUAGUUCAUCAGAAUUACAACAGGCAUGGUAAUUUCUAGGUAGAUUGUAGUUUCUGCGAGCAAACCAGAUUGGCCAGUUAGAUAUUGUGAAUUAGUUGGAAGAGAUCAGUUUGUACCAUAUAGCUCCAGACUGGCUUUUCACAGGUAGAGUUCACCUUGCUGCUGAUAUGGUUUUUUUUUAGCUUAAUCCCUCCUCCCUCCCCCUUCCAAGAUUUUCCUCCUCAAAGGUGUAAAAUGAAUUAGCGGACGGGGACUGCCUGUCGAGAUUGGUUAACAUUGUGAAUGAAUUUUAGACAUCAAUAAUGAGGCAGCAUCUUGUAGACUGGACUAACCAUGAAGUUAUCUUUUCGGUG